ACAGAUGACUACACAAAUAAUGGAGGAGAAGCUACAGUAGUGUUCCUGUUAGAAGUUAGAAAAACAUUUGAAAACCGCGUCGUAGUUCCCGGGUUCUCUCCUGGUUGCAGGUUGUAGCUGGGAUGCUGUGUCAGAAUGGGAAAUCUUUUCGGAAAAAAGAAACAGACCCGAGUGACAGAACAAGACAAAGCGAUUUUGCAACUGAAACAGCAAAGAGAUAAACUGAGACAGUAUCAGAAGAAGAUCAGCCUGCAGCUGGAGAAGGAGAGACUUUUAGCCAAACAGCUGCUGAAAGAUGGAAAAAAAGAAAAAGCUCUGCUCCUACUGAAAAAGAAGCGCUACCAGGACCAACUUCUAGAUAAGACAGAGAACCAGAUAAGCAACCUGGAGCGCAUGGUUCAAGACCUGGAGUUUGCCCAGAUUGAAAGGAAAGUUAUCGAUGGGCUGAAGGUUGGAAAUGAAUGUCUGAAAAAGAUGCAUGAGGUGAUGUCGAUUGAAGAAGUAGAAAGGAUCAUGGAUGAAACCCAAGACGCCGUUGAGUACCAAAGGCAAAUAGACGAGAUGCUGGCUGGUUCUCUAACACAAGAAGAUGAAGAUGCUGUGCUGGCUGAGCUGGAGGCCAUAACUCAGGGAGACGUCGAGCUGCCUGAGGUUCCUUCAGACAAACUGCCUGACGUCCCGGAGGCCACAGAGAAGAAGCCAGAGAGGGAACGUCCCCGAAAGAAACCAGAGCGAGAGCUGCUCGCUGCAUAAGAACGUGACUGACGUACGAGCUGCUGCUCUGCAACACUUCGACAUGAACCAACAACCACACAAACAUUUUGGCGGAGGCCUCUGUCCGUCCGAGGUCUGCGGUGCAGUGACAGCAGCUGCUUUCAGACACUGAGCUUCCUCCAUAUCAUCCAGUCACAGUUCGUCCUCGUCUGCUGCAGACGGACACAUGAAGGCAGUCGGGGCUGGUUCAGUGCAGCCGCCUGGAGAAAUGCUGCUUUGAACCAUGAAGACCUGUGAGAUUAGAUAACUGUGCCUAACCUUUGCUUCUUUCUCUGUGCUCACCACGAAAUCAUUUUACAUACACUGACUUAACUUAAAUGCAUGUACAUAUUACUCACUGUAAUUCAUCAAAGUAUCUCUCUGUCUAUAUCUUUUCUCAUGGGUUUGGUUUACAACCUUUAGUAUAAUCGAAAAAAGAGAGUUUCAUUUGUGACACUCUGAAACUUAAAUAUGAGAUUUAAAAAAACAGAGCAGCAACAUCUCUGAAUAAUCCACAGAAACACUGUGAGAACAGUCAAAUCUGAUCUGAUGAUUUUGCACCUUUGCAUUAACUUGCCAGGAUAAUGUUAGUUCUCCAUCUGCAAAGACAAAGUUCCCCAAAGUCUUUUUCUCCUUUUUAAAUUAAAUCAAAUCUAGAUGUGAUUUUAAUUGGAUUUUAGAAUAAAACCAAAACCAUCCACGUUAGCAGGCAGAACUAGGUGAACUGACCCUUUAAGGCGGGAGCUUUGCCCUGUGAAGUCUGACACUGUGUCAGUAAACUGACUCACACUGCAGCGUUUUCUAAUGUCUAAUAUGAAAAUGCAUAAGCAUCCGUUUCAGAGAAUAUUCCCUCAGUCUGACCCUUUUCAAGCAGUUUGACUGAUUUCAUUUUGUGCUCCCCUUGUGUGGAUUAGUUCAGUGUCAGUGGAGAAAGGGCUAAUCAUAUCGCCUGUGGGCUUACCUCUGAGUCCCAGACAACAGCUGUUAAUCUCUUCAAGGUAAUAACUUGACACAACCUGAAUCUUUACCCACCGAGUAUUAUCAGCGCAGCGGCCUGUAAUUAUUUUACUGUGCAUAUCGUGCUCAGAUUCACUUAUAUUGGUCUGUGUUGAACUGCAGUGAGAGCGAUGGCCUACAUUCAUGAUCCAUCUAACUAAUCUGUAAAUCAGCUCAUCUCGCAGACAGAAAACACUGCUGACUAAUACUGUCAGGCUGUGGACGUCACUUCAUCACAACCACAUCAAACUCAUCGUCUUGAAAUUGGUUUGGGACUCGAACCUCUGUUCAUUCUUUUUACAAUAAAAUUGUCUGUUUUUUUUUAUUGUCA